AGAAAAGGACAGAAAACCUAAGUUUCAGGAUGAAGUGCUUAAGAAAGUGAUGUAUACUGAAAAGAAAAGUGUGUAGAAGUGAAAAAGAAGAAAAGCGGAACGAAAGAAGGAGGACCUAAGAAGCGAUACAAAGCGGCACAGGUCAAAAGAAGAAGAAGAAGAAGAAGGGUGGGGUCGCCAGGAUGUAAACAAACACCGCUGCUCCUGCGUCACCUGUUGCUUGGAACUGACACACACACACUGCACCACCCCCUCUCCUGUACUGUAGUCUCCUUGGUAACAGGAAUCCCGCCAGGCCGAGGAGGAGUAUGUACCGCCGUGCACCGCCUCGCACUAACACGCUGCUCGACACAAGACAAGACAAUCCCAGGGCCAUCCCAGCAAACACUGAGAAGAGGAAUACCAGCACGCCGCGCCACGCCCCUCACAGGCCAGCAGACCAAGGCAGCUUCGAGAAUCCCUGGGCCAGCCAGUGCUCGGUGGGGUGGAGUGUGUCGCCGCCCGCUGCCGUGUGUAUGUGCCUCCUGUGCUGCCGUGGUGAGCCUCCUGCACGACGCAUCACAGCGGCAGGAUGAUGGCCUACGCAGACAUCGACGAAGACAUAGCAUAUGGCGAUGAAGAUGGCGAAGAAAUAUCUCCAGACAUCUGGCAGGAAGCGUGCUGGCUGGUGAUCUCCUCAUACUUUGAGGAGAAGGGCCUGGUGAGGCACCAGUUGGACUCUUUUGAUGAGUUCAUAACAAUGACCAUCCAACGUAUUGUUAAAGACUCUGAGGCCAUUGAUCUUCAAGCAGUGGCUCAACAUACUGGGGGUGAACUUGAAAAUCCUCCUCGCCACCUGCUGAAAUUUGAACAGGUCUAUCUCAGCAAGCCUAGUAACUGGGAGGACGGCCACAACUACAACAUGAUGCCCAACGAGGCGCGACUCAGGAACUUGACCUACUCUUCCCUGCUGUAUGUAGACAUUGUCAAGACUGUCAUCAAGGAAGGGGAGAAGCCUGUGGAACACAAGGACGAAAAAAUUUAUAUAGGUAAAAUUCCCAUUAUGCUGCGGUCAACAUACUGCCUUCUGAGUGGCCUGACGGACCGUGACCUACAAGAAGUUAAUGAGUGUCCCCUCGACCCUGGUGGCUACUUCAUCAUCAAUGGCUCUGAGAAGGUUCUCAUUGCUCAAGAGAAAAUGGCCACAAACACUGUGUAUGUGUUUAGCAUGAAGGAUGGCAAAUAUGCGUACAAGUGUGAGAUUCGCUCCUGUAUUGAACACUCAGCUCAACCUGUGUCAACGCUGUGGAUCAAUAUGAUGGCCAGAGGAGACAGGAGUGCUAAAAAGUCUGCUAUUGGUCAGCGCAUCAUUGGCGUCCUGCCCUAUGUGAAGCAGGAGAUUCCAGUAAUGAUUGUCUUUCGUGCCCUUGGGUUUGUGGCCGACAGAGACAUACUGGAGCACAUCAUAUAUGACUUUGAUGACCCUGAAAUGAUAGACAUGGUGAAGCCAUCUCUCGAUGAAGCCUUUGUGAUACAAGAACAGAAUGUAGCCCUAAAUUUCAUCGGAGGAAGGGGAGCUCGACCUGGCGUGACCAAGCAGAAGCGUAUCAAGUAUGCCCAAGAGAUUCUACAGAAAGAGAUGUUGCCUCAUGUUGGUGUCUCAGAUUUUUGUGAGACUAAGAAGGCUUAUUUCCUGGGGUACAUGGUCCAUAGGCUCCUGCUGGCAGCACUUGGGCGAAGGGUGCUGGAUGACCAUGAUCACUAUGGGAACAAGAGGCUGGUCUUGGCAGGACCCCUCAUGGCAUUGCUGUUCAGAGGACUCUUCAAAAACUUAAUGAAAGAGGUGCGAGUGCAUGCACAGAAGCUUCUUGACAAAGGGCAAGAGUAUGGAUUAGAUGCUGCUGUGAAGCCCAAACUGAUCACUGACGGCCUCAAGUACUCCCUUGCUACUGGAAACUGGGGAGACCAGAAGAAGGCUUAUCAGGCCAGGGCUGGAGUGUCACAGGUGUUGAACCGCUUAACAUUUGCCUCCACGUUGUCUCACCUUCGUCGAGUCAACUCACCAGUUGGCGGAGAUGGCAAACUUGCAAAGCCUCGACAGCUGCACAACUCACUCUGGGGGAUGAUUUGCCCUGCUGAAACACCUGAGGGAGCUGCUGUUGGUCUAGUGAAAAACCUGGCCCUCAUGUCCUGCAUAUCACUAGGGUCCCAGCCAGCCCCUAUACUGGAGUUUUUGGAGGAAUGGUCCAUGGAAAAUUUGGAAGAAAUAGCCCCAUCUUCCAUAGAAGAUGCCACCAAAAUAUUUGUGAAUGGAUGCUGGGUUGGCAUCCACCGUGAUGCAGAACAACUCAUGAUGGCGCUGCGGAAGCUGAGGCGACAAAUGGACAUCAUUGUAUCAGAGUAUUUACAGGUGUGUCUGGUUCACGACAACAGAGACAGGGAGAUUCGUAUCUACACAGAUGCUGGUCGAAUCUGUCGCCCUCUUUUGGUUGUGGAAAAUGGUCAACUGCUUUUGAAGAAAAGACACAUUGAUCUUCUCAAGGAGCGAGAGUACAACAACUUCAGUUGGCAAGACUUGAUGGCAAGUGGUGCAGUGGAAUAUAUUGAUUGUUCAGAACAAGAGACAAUUAUGAUUGCAAUGUUACUUGAAGAUCUGGACUCUGAGGAGGACAAAUCUUACUGCAACACUUACACUCAUUGUGAAAUCCACCCAGCCAUGGUGCUGGGAGUGUGUGCCUCAAUCAUCCCAUUCCCUGAUCACAACCAGUCUAUCUGUAACACUUACCAGAGUGCUAUGGGUAAGCAAGCUAUGGGCGUUUACAUAACCAACUUCCAUGUCAGGAUGGACACGCUUGCCCAUGUACUCUUCUACCCUCAAAAACCUCUUGUCACCACCAGAUCAAUGGAGUACCUUCGCUUCAGAGAGUUGCCUGCAGGAAUCAACUCCAUCGUUGGCAUUGCCUGUUACACUGGCUACAACCAAGAUGAUUCUGUCAUUAUGAACCUUUCUGCUGUUGAAAGGGGAUUUUUCCGGUCCUGCUUCUAUCGCUCCUACAAAGAUGCUGAGACCAGACGUUCAGGAAUGCAAGAGGAGGUUUGUAUGUCAUGACUCUCCAGAGUUGUCCAUUUUAACCCGGUGGUGGUGGUAGCAGCGUGGAUCAUGUUUCUUAAUGGUCCCUCCAAGCAAGAAAAAUGAGAAAAAAUCACUCCUCACACAAGCCAUUUCAUAAUAUAUAUCAAAGCAUUUGUGAUCAGAUUAUGUAUCACCUACUUUUGGGGGGUUAUAUCAUGGCACAAAUUUGGCCCGUCACUGCUACACGGUAAAGAAGUCUAUGCAUAUUUAGAUAAUUUAAUCAUCUGUAGCAAGGUUGGCAACAGUCACCUAGCUAAACUAGAAGCAGUUCUGCUUAAACUCAGAGGCGCUGGCCUUAAGGCCAAGCUGACUAAAUGUGAAUUUUUAAAGCCAAAAAUCACCUUUUUAGGCCACACUGUUGAUGGAGAUGGUGUCCACACGAUGGACGAUAAAAUAUAAAGAAUUUUCCGCAACCCCAAACCGUCGAAAACGUUCGGUCUUUCCUUGGGUUGUCCGGCUACUAUAGGCCUUUCAUACAAGGUUUUGCCAAAAUUGCUUCGCCUCUAAUGCAACUUUUAAAGAAAGAGGUCCCUUUUCAUUGGAAUGCCCCACACCACAAGAGUUUUACAGACUUGAAGUCAGCGUUAAUCAACGCUCCAGCCUUGGCAUUCCCGGACUACAACGUCCCUUUUACACUUUUUACAGAUGCCUCAGCCCUAGGUCUUGGUGCUGUUUUGAUGCAACCGGACGCUCGCGGUAAAAAUUGCGCUAUUGCGUACGCAAGUCGUACUUUAAACCAGGCUGAGUCAAACUAUUCAGUGACCCACCAGGAAACCCAGCGGUUGUUUGGGCUCUUAAAUAUUUUAGGGAUAUUAUCCUUGGCUAUCCUGUCACUGUCUUUACGGACCAUGCGCCAGUCACCGAGCUUUUUAAGGGUAGAAACCUCACCGGUUGACUCGCACGGUGGUACCUGAUUAUCCAGGAGUUUGGGCCAACCUUUAAGUAUUUACCUGGCUGUGCGAAUGUCGUCGAGGAUUCACUGUCUAGGAACGUACCUGUUGGCUCAGUGGCAGAAGCGCUUACUGAAAUUCAAAAUUUCUGUCUUAGGGAUUUAGCAGCAGCCCAGCGUCGCCAUGACGUUUGGGGUAAAGUAAUAUACGCUCUGGAAUCGGGUGACGAAACAAGUCUCCCACAGCUACCGCAAAAAGGAGUCUGUCGCACAGUUUGUGAUACCGGAGUGUUAUGUACCGGCGGUGCUGAACUUAAUUCAUGACGUGGUCAUUGCUGGUCACCCAGGGAGGGAGCGCACACUAACAGCGGCCCGAGCGGUCUAUUUUUGGCCAACUAUGUGUGUAGAUAUUGACUCGUAUGUGGCUAAGUGUGUCAAGUGUGCCCAACAUAAAGGGACGGUGCCUAGGCCUGCGCCGAUCCUAGAAUACCCGCCCCCUGCCCGGCCUUGGGAUGUAGUUUCUAUUGACUUGCUACAGCUUCCCGCCAGCCACCAGGGCUCUCGGUACCUCUUAGUUUGUGUAGAUCACUUGUCUCGGUACGUUGUUUUAGCCCCGGUGAAAGAUAAAUCUGCUAAGGCCAUUGCUCAUGCCCUGAUAACCCAUCUAAUGUGUCAGUACUCCACACCUAGAGUGUUGUUAAGUGAUAAUGGAACUGAGUUUCGAAGUCAACUUUUAGCAGAAAUAUGCAAACAGUUUGCCAUUACACAAUCUUUUACAGUCAGUUAUCACCCAGCCAGCAACGGCCUUGUUGAGCGCGCGAAUAGGAAGAUUUUAGAUGUCUUGCGCCCGGUCGUUAGCGGACUUCAGCAUACAUGGGAGGACUGGCUAGCAUAUGUUGCAGCAAGCAUAAACAGCCGUGUUUGUGAGUCAACGAGACAAUCUCCCCACUACAUAGUUUUUGGAGUUGAGAAGAGACUCCCGUAUGACCUGCUUAGUAGUUCUCAUUCACUUGUAUAUAAUGUAGAUGAUUAUUGUAAGGUUCAACUCAAGGUUUUCACAGAUAUUCAUAGAAACGUCAGAGAGAGACUACAGGCUACAUCGGAGGCUAUGUGCUUGCAGCAACACAAGCGUGCCGCCCCUGUUUCCUUGAAAGUGGGUGACUUUGUUAUGAUUUGAGUUCCAGAGAGACAUUCGAAGUUGUCCCCUAAAUUCGUGUGCCCACACCAGAUAGUUAGACAACUAGGCGGUCACAAAUUUGCGCUUUAUGAUCUCAUUUUUAAUUCAUAUGAAAUUGUGCAUGGUGAUCGCCUCAAAAAGACAGACGCCCAGCCUGAGGUCAUCGAUUCGGCUUUAGUUGAACCAGCGAGAACCGCCUGUUUGCCUCAGCCUGACGAUGCUUUGUCUAUCUUUCCAACACACGACUAUAACCUGCGUUCUCGCAAUUGCUAAUUUAUUUGGUUCCUGAGCUUUUGCCUGCAUCUUUUUCAUGCGAGAAGGGAGUGCUUGAGUUAUACUUUUCACUCUAACCCACUAUUUUCUUUUAUUGCUGAGUUGAUGCAAGGCAGUCUGUCUCCUUAAUUUACUUGGAGCCGUAAUAACCGAGGGUGUAGACUAACAUAGGGAUAGGUACAAUUUAACCUUGAACCUCAUGUGCUUCUGCUUAAAACAGACUUUUUCUCUGCAAAGACAGACUUAACCACACUUGGGCAGAUGCUGUCCCUAACUUUUAUUGUAACCAGCAUGUGAAUACCUUUCAACUUUGGAAGUAUGCAGACAAGUUUUACUUACUUACCUUUUCCUUGACAUACCACUGUUAACCGUUACGGGAAUUAUUUUUGACAUCAAAAAUGUCAGUCAUCCACGUUCGUUCCGGUCGGAGGAUAGGUGGAAAUUUGUCUUUUUAAUUUGAUGUUUAUUAAUGCUGGAAUUACUUUAACUGUUUAUGCUGGAUUUGUAUAUUUCAGUGAGAUUUGUUACAAUGGUGAUUUCACAACUUGGUGACAGGAUUUUCUUUUAUAGUGCUGUAGACCUGAAAAACGGAGUAUCAGGAGUUAGUGGUGCUGACCCAGUCAGAUGCUUCUAAAGCUCUAGAGAGUUGUCUCCAUCAUCACUUCAUCCCUAAAUCACUUUUCCACAGGAGGUUCUCCGGAUUUCACUACUUCUUUUUCACACUACCAGUGUUUGUGACAGUGGUCUGUCCUGAAGGCUCAACUUAUAGAGAGGUUGCAGGUCACCUGCGGCCACAAAUGCCAUCCCAAUCUAUCCUAUUGACAGUUUAGAGAAUCUCACCUUUUCUAGGAUGAAGUAUGUGACAAAUAGCCUUUCCGAGCUAACCUUUUCAAAUUUCUCGGAAUUAGAGUCAGCUGUCCAUGACUCGCUACCGGUUUACCUUGCCCCAUAUGUCCAUUACCCAUCGCUGCUCUUACCGGUGGUUCUUUUUAUCAUCAUUGUCAUCCCCCUGUUCUGCCUUGUUAAGCGGGCUCUGACUUUGUACAACCAUCUUCAGGCAAGAGUUGCCCCACCGCGCUGAGUUCGUACGCAUUGUGACUCGAAGAUUCAGUUUGUAUCAAAUCUUCUUCAAGGACUUUUCCUUUUUCUUUUUACUAUUCCAAAUAGCUCCAUUACCAUGUAUCCUAAUGACAAUUUAGUCAAUUUAUUUUUCUAGGAUGUAUCUUGUAAAUAAGUAUUCGAGCUAUUGUUUUGUUUUCUCGGAAUAGUGCUGAGCUUCCACGUCCACGACUCUAGCCCUGUUUACUUCGCCCUGUAUAUACUUGCCCAUUCAUUGUUACUUCCAUGAUUGUUUUUAUUGUCAUUGUCAUUUCCCGAUGUUGUAUCGUUAGGCGGGCCCUGACUUGUAUGUAUAUUUUUUUUGUGCAACCAUAAUAGGCCCUCGUUUAACUAGUACACACUGCGCGACUGUAACAUGGGUAGGUACACUGAUUUUAAGGGUCGGGUGAGCCGCGAGGUCGCGACUUUUUACGUGACCGAGCGAUGUAAUGUGUAUAUUAUAACAUACAUGUAAUGUGUGAAUGUAUGUCGUAUCGCCAUGGCCCAGUGGCACCAGGACAUUUCACACAGACGCUACGUUGUGCUUAGGAGGUGCUCCUUGCCAUGGGAAUGGUGUUGAUUCAGCAAGCCUGCUGCCGCUGGCCGCUCCUGUGCCGGGAGACGCCGGGCAGACUAUAGCGGGCGGCGGGCGAGAGCACAGGACUUCUCGGAGUGUGCGUACAACUUAAGACUCGUCCACAAAAUACUGUAA